CAUAAUGAACGCAAGGCAAAUGAUUUUAAAUAAUUUCUAUAAUGGCUAAAUUGUUCAUAGUGCUUCUUUUUCUGUGUUACCUAAUUGCAACAUGUUUUCCAGAAUCGAAAUCACCUUAUAAGGAAACCAAAAUAACAUUAAUGUUGAAUGGUAAAAAAGAAACAUGUGAAAACGAACAUUGUCUGUCUGUGAUGGAAGGUGACACAAUAAUAAUAGAUAUAAAGAGCCUAAGUUUCAUUAACAAAGCCUGGUGUGAAAUAGGAAAUAUGAAAUACGAUAUUACAAACAAUCUGAAUAAUGACUAUAGAAGAACAGCCAAUAUAACAGCCAGUUUACAAAUGUCUCAAAAAUGGUGGAAUAUUACGUUGUUAACCAACGAGAAUACAAGUACGGGCAAUAUCCGGGAUAUUGUCCGUAUUUGUAAUUCAAGUUACUUACCUUCGAGGCUUAAAUGCAAUGUUACAGUUAAUAGAGCACCUUCUGUAAAAGCUAACUGGAUAUACGUUGCAACUGGAUUCGGAGUCGCAUUAUUAUUUAUAGUUGCGGAAGCUGUUGCUAUCAUAUACUAUAAAAAGAAAGGAUCAUCAUCAGUGAGCAGGUUAGAAAGAGUACCUUCGAAAGAAGACACCACUAAAGCUAACAGUAGAGCUCGCUACAUAAUUUCACCGGGCCUUAUGGGAUUGCUUACGAGGAAGGAUAAGAAAGAACGAAAUAAGGAUGUCGACGAUGACACAGGAAGCUUGUACGAAACGUUGGAAGCCGUUGCUUUAGGAGCCAGUGACGCCCCGGCGCCUCCUCCAAUAACUACAUUACCAAACUCUGCUCGUAAAUUUCUGGGAGUGCCCAGUUCUAUUGAGGCAGAAACCGAAAAGAAAUCACCAACGAAGAAAAAUUCAAAAGAAGCUGACAUCAAAUCCCGGCCACCUCUGCCAUUACCAAAUCAAGAACAGAAUAAAGAUACACCCAGGAAGUUUUCUUUUAUAUCACCGAUAAAGCAGAAAUCUACGUUGUCAGAAAAAUCAACAAAUUCUAAUCACGCUUCGCUUCCAACUUCGAAGUCUAUUUCCGGGCAAGACGGCAUUUCGCAAGAAUUAAAUGAUAUUCUCAAAACUAGAAGUGAUAGCGUUGCAAGUAAAGCACAGCUGAAGUCCUCAGGGUCGACAUCCAGACCACCAGUGAAUCGAAAACCAAUCAUAACGAAGGCUAAACCAAACCCACCUGUGAAAAGCAAACCAAAACCGCCCGUGAAAAAACCAGAUGUGGCACCAAAAUCACUACCUUCGAAGACCCCAAUGAAAUUAAUCAAGAAUACAGAAUCCCCUGCGCAGCCAGGACCGUCCCAUGGGCAGUCAGUCCAUCCUAUUCAGUCCACGCUUCAUGCUGGAAAACUUAAAACAACAGCGUCCCCCGCACCGAUUAGAAAACCCCCAUUACCAAUCCCGAUCGAAUUAGAGAAAGUCCCACCCCCGGUGGAGGAGAUAGAGGAGCCAGAGCAAGAAGUAUAUUCUCCAUGGGACGAAGAUUGGACUUAUGAACCAUUAGAUUCAUAUAAUAUUUAUUCUAAUUUAGGAUCUAUGUGAUUAUUCAUCUUCGGCUUGAGUGGACUGAGGGACCGAGAGAUAGUCAAGGAGUCAAAUGCAAUAGGAAUGUAACAUUAUUUAUAAGAAGUAUAUUAUUAAUUAAUUAAGUAUACAUUAUUUAAAAUAUUAACCGGCUCUUAACACGAAUAAUUUUAUGGCAAAAAAAAAGGUAUUUCCCUCGCUAUUAGCCACGAAUGGUCCGGGAGACGAUUGAAAUUAAAAACAUCCCAAUUUCAACAGAGAGGAGGGCUUAAAAUUAUCUUCUACCUGGAAUCCAGUCAUAAAUAAACUUAAGCAAAGUUCAGUAGCAUCAACAAUCGAUAAGUGUAUGGAUACCGUUAGUGUUGUGUGUCGCAAACUUUCGUAGAACAAUCUUGUGACGGUAGAUGAAGAUAAAGCUGUCACCUGUCUACAAUGACAUCGCUGUUGCUCCAGUCAGAUCGUGACCGCGGCUUGUGCAACCUAAUCGAAACGUCGGGAGAGGUACCUUUAUUUGCCAUAAAAUUAUUCGUGUUAAGACCCGGUUUAUAAUUUAAAUAAUGUAUAUUAACAACGAAAGUUUAAAAAUAACUAAUUAAGUAUAAUAAUCUAUUAAAGAAAGUCGAUUUCUUUAUUCAAGAAUAACCGCUUUUUCCACAUCCCUAAUUUUUGGGUCCCUUAGUCUAUGUUCUGUAUAGAUCGAAGAUUGGAUUUUAUUAUAUAUUAGAUUAAUAUAUUAUUUAUUUAAAUUUAGAAACUAUGCGUGUCUUCAUAGUGUUUUUGCGAUAAAUAAACUUAUCUCCAUCCUUGCAAGGCAAUCACUUCUUUCAUUACAUCCCUACAGUCGUGAAAAGGUAACAAAGACUCAGACACACUCGUAUUUAUAAUAUUGAUAUUAUAUUAUAGUUUAAGAAUGCUAUCAAUUAUGUAACCCAAACUUAUGUUUGUCGCUCGUUCAGUUCCUUACUUAAGGUUAGCAGAUAUAACGGUUCCUUUAGACAUGUGACACAAAGAAAUUGUAAAAAUUAAAAGAAAUUGAUUAAUUGAAGACUUAGGCGCUGGAACAUUUUUUUUGUGGGUAUUUAAUUUAACUGAGCUAGGGAUGCGAAAUGAUAAUUGAUUACGGAAAAAUUCAUUAUUAUUUAAUAAUAAAUGGAUUUUAAUAAUUAUUAAUUAGCGUCACUGCUAUACAGAUGUAACAUUCAUUAUAAAACAUCGAUUAUUCAUUAGUCGAUCGUUUUUUAGCAGAUAAUCAAAUAAAAAAAUCGAUUAUUAAAAAUUAAGGAUGUGGAAAAACCGAUUAGUAUUCAAAUAAUCAAUUUUUCCAUAUCCCUAUUUUUUUUUACUAUUCACGUUAUAUUUUUAAGUCGGCACUUGGUUCUGUUCUAUAGCAAAUACUUGUUUACUUACGGAAUAAUAAUUGUUAAGUUGUUAAUCUACCUAAUCUUAUUAAAAAAUUGAGUAUUGUGUUACUAUUAUCAUAUUAUAUAGCCUAUGUCACUUUGGAAUAAUGUACCUAUCAGACAGUAAAAUAAUUUCUCAAAUGGAUGCAGUGGUACUUGAGUUCACUUCAUAACAAAAUCCGCUCUCUCUGUAUAACUAUAGAUAGAUUAAUAAGAAAAGAAUGUAGUUGUCAACAAUCUGUGCAUAAUAAAUGAUAUUUUAC